AUGCCUGCUGCUGAUGCUGCCACUGAAGGCGGCCACUCGUCUGGGCCCGAGCGGCCUGCCGAUGAGACCCCGUCUGCUACGGCCCCGGAGCCCGCUUCCAACAGCACCACCAGUGCUGGCAGUUCACGACCAGUCAAACGCAAGGCUCCCAGGACCGAAAAGGAUGAGCCUCUCGACAAGUCUUCUGGUGCAUCCGCUGGAGGCACUGGUCAAAAGCGUCGACGGCGCGUCUUCUCGUGCCAGUCAUGCCAAAGACUCAAAUGUCGUUGCGAGUACGACCCUGGCUCUCAAGCAUGCCACCGAUGUGUAACUUUGAGGAUCGAAUGCUCGCUUAAAGGAGAAAUUCUUGAUGUGCCCACACACCCCAAACCUGUGGACAAUUCCACUAGUAUUGAAGAACGGCUCGGUCGACAUGAAAAGUCUCUGGCGGAGAUCAAGGGCAUGAUCGAAUUGGUUACUCGCCAAUUCGGCUUAGCAGGCACGGCAAACGAUCUUCACAAGUCCAAGUCGUCGGCAACUGACGCAGACGAUGAUUCAACUGAUCCCCCCGAAAAUGACGACAGCCCUGAGAAUAUAGCAGACCCCGUCGAUGUCGGCAUCAAAUCAGCUCCCACCGUGGUAUUGAGAGAGAUUGGUGAACACGUCACCCAGGGUUACCGCAGACUUGAGCACGUCAAACUCGACCUCAUGCAGCUGCAAUUGCUGAAUGAACAGACAGCCAAUGAACUCAUUCGACUGUUUCUACGGCACCAUGGCCAUCUGCUUUCAGUGUACGAGCCAUCGGAAACUCCAGGCCGUGAUCUCAGAGAGCUCUCUGCCUUCCUGCACAGUGUCUGCUGUCUAUGUGCCAUUCUGUAUCGCGAGGAUCUCUGCGGCACGCCAAUGCACCGCCAAGUCUACGAACAAGUCCGAAUCACACUAGGCCAAGCACUCUUGUCGAGUCCUCUCAACCUUGAAGAGAUUAAUGCCAUUCUCGUCAUGAGUGACCAUGCCGACGGCCCCGAGUACAUCGACAGCUGGUUAUUGACCGGCUACUGUGUCAAACAAGCUAUGCUUAGUAUCAGCUUCUCCAAAAUUGUAACCAAUAUUAGGCGGGGAGUGUCAACAGUACAGGAUCGUCAUGCUAUCCAUCUUUGGUCGACUAUUUGUCUUCACCAUCUGCACUGGUCCGCGACCACAGGAAGACCAUCAGUCCUCCAUGUUCCCUAUAUAAACCAAUGCAAUAUUCUGCUCAGCUUCUAUCAAGCAAGUAUGCAAGACGGAAUGCUUGUCGCCGAAAUCUUGCUAUACUCUGUGUUGCACCAAAAACUGUCGCGUCGCUCCUACCUUGACACAAAUGGCGAGUGUGAAGACUUCAAAGCCUGGAAGCAAAAGUGGAAUCAUCUCAUGUCCCUGUCAACUGCCUCCAUGCUCCGCAUAGGAUAUUACGCUGCGUAUUUAAUUCUUUCCGUGAGAGCCCUCGAGGAACGCGGCGAUGCCAUGAGCCCCAAGACAUUCCUUGCCAAUCCACCGUUUGGCUCGCCUGCAAAUAGUACUUCAAACGCAUCGGAUACGAAAGCUGCCAAGAAUAGCACACAGAUGCUUCAGUAUCAUACCUCAAGAUACGCACACUCUGUGCUAGAGACCUUUGUCGACAUGCCCUCGUUCCUCAUGGACACGAUACCGACCUAUCUAUGCCUCGUCAUUGGAUACUCCGCUCUGAUCUUGGCGCACUACGAUGAAAGCCAAUCCAAAGUCUCGGCCGAUGUAAGCAUUGGCCUCAUCUCGAGACUGGAAGACUGGUGUAUGCGAACGCCAAGCAAAUCCUGGGCCAUCAAAUUUGCAACACUCGCAAGACAAAAAGUAGAGUCAAGAACAGGUGCAACACGGCCGCAACAAGACAUCCGCAAACCAGCGCCUUCUGAACAAGGCCGCAGGCAUCCGCCCAAUUGGACUCCAUCUGAUUUACCAGUCCCAACGUUCCCAAAUGGCACUGAUAAUGGUGCAACACCAUCAUCUUUGUCGGAUCAACGUACAUAUGAUAAUGAGGACUUUGUGAGCGGAACGGACACAUUUCCCAUGGCCUCUGACCCGCUCCAGAUGGGAUAUGAAAUAUCACAACCCGUGAUACCAAGUAUGGAGGACUUUUUCGGUGGAGGUUUCCUCGAUUUCAUGCGCCAAGCUCGUGGUUGA